AUGCCUGCCCUUGAGCUAAUUCCCGGCUUUCUGCCACCUUCACGCGAACAAUGGGAGCUCCUCUCAUAUGCUUGGCAAUUCUUCCCAAUCUUCACAGCAAUCCAAUGGCUAACCGACUACUACCCCCAAGGCAAAACCUCGACAACCUCCCGCUUCAACCUCCCCGGAAAAUGGGCCUGGUUCCUGAUGGAAUCGCCGGGCUUCCUCACAGUCCUCUACUGCAUGUUCGCCAUCCCUGAGCGCGAAAACCUCAUCGGGCUCCCCUGGGCCAACUGGACCAUGGCGGGAAUGUUCACAAUCCACUACCUCUACCGCGCAAUCCUGUCACCCUUGGUCCUCAACCCUUCCAUGUCGCCGAUCCACCCUCUCGUCUUCGUCUGCGCUUUCGCGUGGCAGGUGAUGAACGGGCUGAGCAUUGGGGGCUGGCUGGGCGGGUAUGGACCACGGACCGUGUGGGAUUGGCAGGAUCGGUCGAGGGAGAUUAUGGUGGGCAUGGUGAUUUGGGGGUGGGCGUUGCUGGGGAACAUGUUCCACGAUGAUGAUUUGCGCGAGAUUCGACGUGCAGCAGCGCGUCGGCAGAAGCAACAGGCGGAGAAGGAGAAGAAGCCGCAGGAUGGGAUUGAGAAACUCUACAUGAUGCCGAAGAAUGGGUUGUUCCAUUACAUCUUGUUUCCGCAUUACCUUUGCGAGUGGAUUGAGUGGGGAGGGUUCUGGCUUGUGGGGGGUUUGAACUGUGUGCCCGCGAGGAGCUUUCUGAUUAAUGAGAUUUCGACGAUGCUGCCGCGGGCUUUGGCGGGGAAGCGGUGGUAUGUUGAGAAGUUUGGGAAGGAGCGCGUGGGAAAUCGCAAGGCGGUGAUUCCUGGCUUGUUGUGA